AUGUCUUUCUUCACCUUUGAGCGUAUUCCAGUCGGUCAUGCCCUCGCCGAAGCUUCCGCCAUCGCGGCCCGGUACACCGGUCUACCGGUUUCUAGCGUCAACAUGUGUACCAGCCAGGGCCAAUACAGCCGCACCGUCGAAGUUACCCUUGGCGACAACUCUAGACUCAUUGUCCAGUUUCGCGAUGACGAUAUCGACACGAGCAUCGUCGCUCUCGCUCGCGCACUUGUCGGCAAGCUCGUGCCCACCGUGAAUCUGGUGUACACGCGGCUCUGUCGGAGAGCGUAUGUCAGCCAGUACGCCGACGGGACUCUAUGGGAAGACCGCGGGAUCUGUGCUGUUGAAGACGACAAGCGAGCUGCGAGUGAGGUCGGCGCCCUGGUCGCGAGGCUACAGUUGCCCAUGAGCAGCGUAUCUGUCGUUGAAGACUUCGUCAUCCCUCGCCUGCACCAGAUUAUACGACAAGACCCAUUCUACGGACGCGCAGACCUGGCCGAGAAGGUCCGGGAUAUCGCCGCUCGAGCUCAUAUUCUGAAGAGCUUGCCUCUAGCCGUGUGCCACACCGACAUCAACCGCGAGAAUAUAAUCCUCAACGAUGACUUCUCUAUCAGUGGUCUCAUCGACUGGGAACGAGCCGCGAUUCUACCGCUGGGCAUGGGCGCGUGGUGUAUUCACCAGCUAGCCGUUAUGAACAUCAAGGGCGUGGACUAUGAGACCUCGGACUCCAAAAAGACGGUCGUGUCGUUUCGAGGCGCAUUCUACUCCAGUGUACCGGCCGAAUUCAGGUCCGCAGAGGGGGCAGAGACGCUUCUCCUCGCCAUGCAGGUCGGAAUGGGUGGCAUCUCUACUGCCGCGCUUGCAAUGGCUCGAGACAUCAAUGCGCUUUCAGCCCUCGUGCUGAUGUGCAUGCAUAUCUGGUUACGACAGGAUUAUAUUCGCCCAAGUUUGUAA